UUAAAGCCAAAUUAGCCAAGAAGCCAAAAGCUCUCUCUCGAGCUCUCUGGGCAGAGAGGAACCUAAGAGCAGAGUGCGAGACGGUUGCUGGGUUUUCUGUCAUGGCUUCCGCUGUGGGCAUUUCUGGUUAGCGUCUACCGGAUCAUCAUCUACCAGACUUCUUUUCCUUGCAGAUCGUCUUCACCCCUUCGUCCAGGCAGCAGUAAGAUCAUUCCCUCCAUAGAAGGGACCAGCAUCAGGGGAAGAUGCUCCAUUGCCUCCUUCCGCAGCUACCUCCAUUGCAUCAGGUGAAUUUCAGUAGCAUGCAUCAGGUGAAUUUCAGUAGCAUCACCCAUCUUAAUUCACUCUAACAGUUCAACACACCUUCAAUCACAUGCAUCAUAUGAACAAUCUUGAUUUUUCGCUUCCGCUCGCUAGUAGCAGGGGUCUAUUUCCUUGAAUUUUGUUUAGAAGUUUGAAGAGAAAAUGAAAACAAUGAAGAUAUUAUUGUUUUCAAGGGGGAAAAGGACAUAACCAUAAAUUUUUCAUGAGGCAGGUCGAAAUUAAAGUUUUUAAAACUCACAUAUAAUGGACUGAAGCAUAUCAUAAAACCCACAGGAAUCCAACCAGAAACAUUGCUGAAGCAGGUUGUGUAUAUCAUACUAAUAUACCAAAGUUUAAGUUUUCUGGAUUAAUAUGGUUAAUGAUGAAAAACACCUCGCCCAAUGUCUAAUGAAAAAAGAACAUUUUUUUUUGUAAUGGCAAAAAAAAAAGAAAAGUGAAGUCAAUAAUGAUCAAAAUAUCUCUCCUUUUCUUGUGACGUAUAUGGGUUGCAUAACUGCACACGCAACUCAUUCUCACCAGCACGACCAAUUUUUUAUAUUGUAUUUGUUGAAGCAGGCGUUGUGUCCUAUAUUGAUGAGUAUUUUCCCUUUUGUUUAUGAAUGUUUCGUCUUCGUUGAAAAACAAUUUUUAAUAUUAUUUCAUUUUUGUCCUUGUAUGGCUCUUCUUUUACAUUUUCUUUUGCAAUCCUUUUUGGCCUGUUGUCCCCCUAAAUCUCUUGAAAAAAAAUUAAAAUAUCUUCAAAUAUAAAGUAAAAGCCGGCCGAAAUCUCUUAAUCACUAUCUUCUCCUCUGUGCAUAAAAACGUAGAUGGAGAAUAGUCGCCCAUCAACUUAACUUAGAGUAGAGUUUAUUUGUAAUUUAAAGAAGUAGUACAUCAGACAUAGGAUUGUGACCGAUUGAUCUCAAAUUGUCAAUGGUCACUGAAUCAGGAAGGUCGGUCUAUAAUGCCGAACCUACUCACACAGAAGCACCAUGGGCUGAGAUGGAAGGAUGCCGAGAAAGCUUCUGUGACUGCUCAAAACUGGAUGGUACUUGCUUUAGAUGCUGUUUGAUAAUAACAAUAAUAGUUUGUUACUGUUUCAUAAAUUUACUGUUUCAUGAAUUUUGAGAGUAAUGAUAUAUAAAACAUUUUUAUGAACAUAUCACAAUCUUUAAAACAAAUUCACUAAACAAUAACAAAUUCAUUGCCUUAAAUGCAUUUGUGGCUGUAUACUUAGUUCGACUACAAGGUUUGGCUCGGUCUGUUCCAAAUCAAGAGUUAGAUGUCUAUAUCAGCCAAUAAAUCAAAUCAGUUAAUCAUACUUUUUCCAUAAGAAUCGGGCCAAUUUUUAUAACCAAGAAAUAUCAAAGGGUCAAUUGAGAUGGGCAGUGGCGUUUUGGUCAAAACUAAAGGCAGCUCGGCCUCAUUUUGGUGAAACUGGUUUAAGUACGUCAUAUUCAUGCAGAAAUUUUUAGUGCGCGAUGAAAUACCACCGAUUAAUAAAAAAAAAACUUUUUGUAAGGAUAAAAAAUACAUAAAUAAAAUGAAAAAUAUUAAAAAGGACAAUUUUUAAAUAAUGACCAAAUUAUUAUUUUUUUUUGGCACAUAUGGAUUGAAUGCGCAACUCACUGUCUAACUUUGGUGUUGACGGAUAGCGAUAGCACACAUAUAUGACAAUAUGAGCCACCGCUUUCAGGUCAAGGGCCGGCAUGCAUGUUGGACUUGUUGGGUGCAGUAGUUUGGUGCUCAACUGUGACAGAAUGAGAUGUACAGAAGAAAAGAACAAACGAAAAAGGUUGUUUGAAAGAUGAGUUCCUAUUCAUAAAACAUUUCAUUAGAACUUCAGGAGCUUUUUCUUAAAAACACUGUUAGAAAAUAAGCAAUAAUAAAAACAUGCAGCCCUAAGCUUUUCAUGUUAUGAGGCACCUAAAUUUGAACCAUGAAUUAAAACAAAAAAAGCGGUUUGAUCUGCAUUAAAGCUAAGUUAUUAAAAUACACUAACUUAAACUUGCAUUAAUGUGAUAACAUAAUGAAAAUACCACCAAAAUAGAUAAACUUUCACUUUGAAUACAUGAUUAAUUAUACAUGAGUAGCUUGCUUCAAAUGGUAUAGCAUAGUUGGUCGGGAUAAGAUACGACAGUAUCCUCUAUUCCUAGGCUGCUAUUCCCCUCAACCCCCAAAAGUUUGGGGAAACACCACCUAUGGUUUCCCUUUAUAUCUUGCCAACACAACGGCCAUUCUUCAUGUUCAUCAUUCUCUCUUCCCUUCUUCAAUCGCCAAAGCCGAUCGCCCUCAACACCAAGAUCAUAAUCGUCAUCUUCUUCUUCUGUAAGCAACAAAAGGACAGUAAAGAUGCCGGCAACAGUGAUAGACAAGCAGGGCUCCGACGCGGAGUUUGAGGUGAAGUUCACGUUCUACUUGUUCCUAUGCUGCAUCAUGGCAGCCUGCGGAGGACUCAUGCUUGGUUAUGAUAUUGGCAUCUCUGGUGGAGUGACGUCCAUGGACGAUUUCUUGAUUAAGUUCUUCCCCAGGAUCUACGUGAGGAAGCACGAAGCGAAGGAGGACAACUACUGCAAAUACGACAACCAGUAUCUCCAGCUCUUCACCUCGUCUCUGUACAUGGCUGCUCUCGUGUUCACUUUCUUCGCGUCGUAUCCCUGCAAGAAGUAUGGGAGGAGACCCACCAUGAGAGCUGCUUCCCUCUUCUUCUUGGUCGGCGUCAUACUCAAUGCGGCGGCCAUGAAUCUCUCCAUGUUGAUCAUCGGGAGGAUCCUUCUCGGCAUUGGAGUCGGCUUCGCGGGCAAUGCGUUGUUGCUGAAUAAGUAACUGUAUGGGAAGCUUUUCCAAAGUUGGAGUAUCAAAUUGGAGACUCAAGGCAAUGACUGCCAUAUCCCAAAAAAGUGGUAGGCUAUUCAGAAUGGUACUGAUCUUGUCAAAUAGCAUUUCCCACUAUAGCUACAUCUUUAGCCAUGACCAACAUCUGGGAAGGGUCUCAACUUCUCAACUGGCCAUCGUAAAGAAUUCAGCUAGCAAAUCCUCGGCCAAGCUGCUACAACCUGAGCGCUAAACCACUAGCUACAAGGCGCAAAUUAGCUCUCGGUUUAGUCUGUUGCAAACCAGAAUUGGGCGAAACAUUCAGACCAAAUCUAAAGAUUUUCGUAGCAGUCCUUCACCAGGUGAAUAUCAAGUUGGAAUCACCCUUGUCUUAGCUUCUUCCUGGCCAAAUUACAGCUCAAUCGAGCUAGAGGCGGCUGAGAUAGAGCUCACAGCCAGAAUCUGCAUUUUGGACACCGGCGGUAGUUACUGCUGCUCCUUUUUCGGCAACAAUACGAGCCAAUUUUGUAACUUCAGCGGUAUUGUGGUUGGCUUUGAGAAGUUCGUAAAAAUAUGAAUGUCCAUCAUACUAGUGGAAGAGGGCUCAAUAAAUCUUUCAAAAGCUGGAAGAAUGUGGUACAAAAUCCUCCAAGAUGAACUAAAGAAGA